AAUCAAAACCGACAACCCGUGCAACCAACCAAGCCAACUUUUGGACAAACUUCUCCAAAAUAUGCCUCGUGUGGGUUUCAAACACCAAACCUCAUGAGAGGUAUUUUGUUGCGUGUUUUCAUAUCAUUUUGUUGUAAAUCUCUCUUCUCAAAAUUGUAAUGUUUACCUAUCAAUAUUAUACUUCAGGAAUCUAAGAUUGUAAUGGAGUUGGCUUUAUUUAGAAUGCGUCGAUUUCUUUGAUCAAAUUUCAGUCAGUGUGAUGUGAUGCUGUCUUCUUUCUCUUUGAGUUUGAUCUGUUCCAUGUUGAUUGAAAUUUCUCAAAUAAGCUGCUCCUUCUCCCAAGUCUAAAGGUAACUCAUUAUUGAUUAUAAUUGACAUUCAUGCUAUUUUGCUUAAUGUUAGGCAUUGAUCCAUCUAUAAGGGCAGAAGUUUGGGAAUUUCUGCUUGGUUGUUAUGCAUUGGGAAGCAGUGCAGAGUACUGAAUGCAUUUGAGAGCAUUGUGUAAGGGAACAUUACCAGGAUCUCAUAAGGCGGUGUCAAACAAUGCAUUCAAGCAUUGGAACUGGGUCACUUGCCUAUCCUGUAGGAUCCAAGGUUAUGGAUAUGGGGCCAUCCUCCAAAGAUGAAAGGCAAAGGGAAACUAUUGUCAAAAGUUGACAAUCUUCCAUUGAUAAUACUGAUAACAUAGAAAAUUCUUGUGACUUGAGCAUCAAUUGUACAGAUAUGUCACAUGCUGGCCAAAGGGAAAUUCCAAGUGAUCCCACCGAUCUUGUCACCUUGAGGAUGAGUACUUAUGUGCAGCAUGUGACUCUUCUUCUUUUAUGCCUACUCCUGGACCAUACAACAGCAGUUCCCCUAAAGUAGGAAGAGAAUAUCACAGACCACAUUUUGUAACUGAAACAUAUAUUGAUUUUCCCCUGCUACCAGUCAUAGAUUUGUUUGAUAGUGGACAAGAUGAGAAUGACUUUGUUCCAUAUGAGGAUGACAGUAUGCAUAGUUUCCAAAUUAAUGAAAAAUCUGAGUUAAU